UUCUAUCCAACCUGGGUGGUUGAUUCAUCGUUGUUGAUAUCGUGUUCUCGGGGAUUCUCCCGCCGCAAUAGAGGAGCUUUUAAAAUGUCUCGCGUGUCUGUGUAGUUAGUUGACACGCUUUGCUUCGCACAUAACCACUUCGGAUAAUCCCAACGACGACCGCAAACCGGUCAGACGAACGGACGGACGACGGCCAUCAGUCGACCGCUACCGGUCUUCAGAUCGUGAACUGACGGUAGCUUUAAUUCGUGGUGUACGGGAAUAACUGCAACGGCUUUGUGAACUCAAUCAGUUGCUAAUUGGAUAUUACGGUGCAUUGACUGAGUUUUGUAAACAUUUUCUUGAGAUGUUGCUUUGGACGGUGUUGGCUUUGAUCGGGCUUUGGGGUGAUGCCGCUGCGCAAACCGAGUAUCGAGGAGCGUGUAAUACACCGGUGAAGGAGCCGGGGACCUGCGUUCUGGUAGCGGAGUGUGACUUCAUUCGGCGGGUUUUGGCCAAGCCGAUCUUGGAAAAGAACGACAUUCGCUACAUCGAGGCCAGUCGAUGUGGGUCUUACGAGAGAAAGGCACUCGUCUGCUGUGCUCGUCCUACCAUACCGACGUCCAGUCCUGCACCGAGUUCACCUGUUAUCAGCGCCAAUGACAAUGUAGACAAUCGCUUCAGCUCCGGUUUAACGUUGAACGACCGGCUAAAAUUGCUUCCGCAAGCACCGCAAUGUGGCGUACAGUACGAUGAUCGAAUUGUCGGUGGAGAACGUGCCGGUAUUACGGCCUAUCCAUGGAUUGCCCGAAUCGAACACUUCGAUCAGCGAAGCAAUAAGCAUGCGUUCCACUGUGGGGGAUCGUUGAUCAGUGAGCGAUACGUGUUGACGGCGGCCCAUUGUUUGUCCGGUGUUCCCAAGACGUGGACCAUAACUUCUGUCCGCCUCGGCGAAUGGGAUACCACCAGCAAUCCGGACUGCGAGGAUGGCGAGUGUUACGACGUUGUACAGGACAUUGCCGUCGAAAGACUGAUCAUUCAUGAGAACUUCAUCAACACCCGAACGGAAGUGCACAACGACAUUGCCCUGCUGCGGCUAGCAUCACCGGCACAAUAUACGGAAACCGUUACGCCCAUAUGCCUUCCGCUGGACGGCAGCUUUACCAAUCGGCCCUCCGAAGGAUCCCGGCUGUUUGUGGCCGGCUGGGGUCAAACGGAAUUUGAUUCCGGCAGUCGCUUUAAAAUGCACGUUUCCGUACCAACGGUGACAAUGCAGCAUUGCCAGAGUAAAUACCCAGCGGCUAACAUCGACGAUCGGCAGAUCUGUGCCGGUGGCGAAGCCGGUAAGGAUUCCUGCCGGGGAGACUCCGGUGGUCCGUUGAUGGAAGUCGUGCCACCAACCAGACAACAACCGCAGCCCGCUUUCUACAUGAUGGGCGUUGUUAGCUUCGGUAGACAAUGUGGACUAGAAAGUGUUCCUGGAGUCUACACGAAGGUCAACCGCUUCGGUGAUUGGAUUUUGAACCAUAUUGAACCUUAAGAUAUAGCAAUAAAAUUGUGAUAAAUACUCA